CAGGCAUCAAGUCAUUUGGCUCAACACAGCGAGCACCGCGUCAUCUGGCAAGGCAGUGGGCUCCGAGUCAACUGGCAUGACCGCGGGCACUGGGGCAGACAUUGAAUCGUCUGGCUGGACAGCGGGCAUCGGGUCACCAGGCAUCAGGUCAUUUGGCUCGACAGCGGGCACCGCGUCAUCUGGCAAGGCAGUGGGCUCCGAGUCAACAGGCACGACAGUGGGCACCGGGUCAUCAGGUACCGGAUUGUCUGGCUCGACAGCGGGCAUCGGGUCACCAGGCAUCAGGUCAUUUGGCUCGCCAGCGGGCACCACGUCAUCUGGCAAGGCAGUGGGCACCGAGUCACCAGGUACGACAGCGGGCGGGGCACGGGCACCGGAUCAGGUACCGGAUCAUCUGGAUCAACAGCGGGCAUCGAGUCAACUGACCUAAUAGGAUCGUCAGGCUGGAUCAGUUCAUCAUGCUGGGUAGAGGCAUCAGGCUGAA